AUUUUGUUUUUUUAAAUUAUUCCUUUCCCUCAAGAAAGUCGCAUGUCCUUGAGUUGUCCUUUCAACCAAUAUAAUAUAUACUGAUCUCUUUAUCUAAAGGUUGCCAACUUGGAACAAUUUAAAUCUCAGUCAACAUGUACAGUGGAUUGACUUUAAGUUCAUCUUCAUAAUUUACUAGAUUUUAACUAGUUUUCAGAGUUAUCAUAUCAUAUAAUUUUUAAGUUUUAUUCCUCAAAUUUUAUUAAAUGUAGAUUUACAUCAUUUUGUGAAUUCUGGUAAGAGGUAAAAUCUUGCUUGUAGCCAAACAGGUCAAGUCAAGUUCCACGGUACAUCAGAUUCUACAAAGCUGCUCAUUCUAUAGUUUCUACCUCACUUCAAUCUCAAUCCCUCCCUCCCUCUCUCUCUCUCUCUCUCUCUUCAAAAUCAAGCAUGACAAUUAGAGAACUGCUUUCAUCUCCAGUGAUCUCCAUGCUCCUUCUUCCCUGCCGCAGCACCCUCUUCCUUCUCAUCAAACCUCUACUGAGAAUUCUGCAAUACCAGGAAGAAACAAUGUCUCUCACAUGGCCAUUGAACUUCGACUCUCUCGAUCAUUACCUCAGCGUUUUUGAUCAAGACUUCUCCAUCCGAGAUACAGAUGUAGGAAUCUCCAAAUACAGACGAACAGUAUCGGACGAACAGGCGAGGUGUGUUUUCUGUCUGUCCGACGUCGUUGAAGGAGAAGAGAUCCGAAAGCUAAGGUGCAGUCAUCUAUUUCAUCGGAUUUGUUUAGAUAAAUGGCUCCAGUAUCAGAAGUUAAGCUGUCCUCUCUGUCGCUGCUCUCUGCUGGCUUCGUUGGAGGUGCAGGAGAAGCUUAAUGAAGUAGAGGAUGAAGUUGAGCCUGAGGAUUCUGGUCCUCCUCUACUGGCUUUUGUUCUGAGUGAAUGGUGGGGGAGAUGUUUUCUCUUGGUCGAACAUGGCUUUAGUUAAUGGUUUGGUUCUGUAACCAGGUUUAAUUAAGAGGAAAGAUUAUUGCAAUAAAUGGUGAUUAGUCUUUCUCUAAUCUUCAUUUGCCUGAACUGCUGCUUUGCUUAUUAUUCUCUUCCUUUUCUUCUUCUUCUUCGUUUUCUUUCAUGUUUCUUCCUCUUGUUUCCGUUUUUCUUCGUUAAUGGAGAACUUACUGCUGCUUCUUCAUUCUUG